AGGUGCGUAAAGUCGCCACAACCCAUUACGCCCCCAAUUACAACGUGUUCAUGUAGACAACAACAGUUCCCAAGUAUAUAAAAGAAGUAACAUGAUCGAGGACACGCACUAGGUAUUCAGUAUCUCCUUCGUCACUUUGUCGAGGUAUUAUCCAAGAUGGUGAAACUGAGAAUGGCGAGUAACUUGCAUCGUUUCUUCAUAGGAGUCACUAUGAUCACGAUCCUCGUGCUCGCGAGUUUUUGCGAGGCAGAUAAUUCUAAUGAGUCAGGUUCAGUUGAUUCGGGAUCAACCGAAAUCAACAACGAUAACUCGACCGAAAGUUCCACGGGUCUGACGGAGUCCAACGACUUGUGGAAUGUCAUCCCAAUUAUGUGGCUGAUGGAUUUUUUGAUGACAACCUUUUGGGGACAGAGAUUUCCCUGCACCGUGUUCUCCAUUAUGCCAAUGGAAAUUUCUUGCGCAUAUGUGUAGGCUAACGAGAUGCGGAUGCCUGUUAAUUUACUUCGGGACUUCGAUGAAUUAUUUCCUUCACAUUAUAUGCGAAUAUUUAACAGACGAGAAGAUUAAUAAUUGUAUAGACAGCCGUAUCUACUAUAAAUGAGCAUAACACGUAGAAUGUAAAUCAUGCAUAUUUAUUGUUCAUAAAUAAUGCGCUGAUAAUUACGCAAUAUACAACAAGACUUAUUUCUAGUAUCCCAUCUUUAUUUUUUCUUAUUAUUGGGAACAGUCAGAUUUUAGUUGCAGUAAUUUAAGACUCCAUUUGAUCGUUGAAAGAAAAUAUUACAGCUACUCUCA